UUUGCGACAGAGCCAACAUCUGCCAGAGCAGAGAGAGGAAAUUCAGGACGGAUCUUCUGACCGUCGCCCCAUCAACCACAAGGCUGCAGCCCAGCAUCUCAGCUUCCUGUGUGAUCUCAGCCCAGCCACUCACCCCCUGCCCGCGCCUUCCCUGCAUCCUCUCACUCGGGCACGAUGGAGGACGAGGAAGGAUACACGAUAUUGAACCUGCGGCCCAAGUGGGGCUGCUCGGGCGGCCUGUCCUCACACGGGAACCCAGGCUCCCGUCAGUGUCCUGGCUGGCUUCAGGUCGCUCUAGGGGCUGGGAAUCUCAUCCUGGCAGUGGCUGUGCUAUUGCUGGCGGUUUGUGUUUCCCACUUGGUGUCCGAGAAGGGACAGAUCCCGGCAGCCCCUGGGAGCGACGGAGCCAGGAGCAGAGAUAUAGCGACACCCCGUGGGAGCGACGGAGCCGGGAGCAGAGACCCCAGCACAGCAGAAUGCAGCACCUGCCUAGAGCGUUUCCGAUCCCAGCUGUGCCCCCCGGCCCCGCCCGGCUCAGCAGGGGGCUCCGGGUGCAAACUCUGCCCCACGGACUGGCGGCUGCGCCGGGACAAGUGCUACUGGGUCUCCAGAGGACGUAAAACGUGGAGCGAGAGCCGCGCCGACUGCUCAGCGAGGGGCUCCCAGCUGCUGGUGAUCCGGGACCCUGAGGAGCUGGAGUUCCUAAAGGCCCUGACACAAGAUUCAAAUCAGUUCUGGGUUGGACUGUCCAUCUCCUCCCCGGAGAAGGCCUGGACCUGGCUGGACGGCUCCCGGCUGAAUCAGACCCAGUUCCCGGUGUCAGGCUGGGAUGACUGGAACCGCUGUGGGAAGCUGUGGGGGAAUUGGAUUCAAUCUGACACCUGCAGCUCUGUACGUCAGUGGAUUUGCCAGAGAGACGCCGUCCCGCUCUGAGCAGGGCAUCCGUUAGUAAUGGCAAGGAGCCUUUCUUCAA